AUGGCCAUUGAGCAGGAGAACUUGAUUUUCCAGGAGCAGGAGUCGGCUGAGAGGGACUCCCGAAGGAAGGGGAAGGCAACUGCUGAGAGCAAUGAAGGGACAGAUGCUCAGGGUGGGUUCUGGAAGAGGCGCAGGACUCAUCAGCAGGCGCCAGCUAGGGAAGCGGCUGCACCUGCUAGGGCUGCACCUGUUGGGCAGGGAGCACCUCUGAGAUGUUACAACUGUAAGGAGAUUGGCCAUACUGCUAAGGCUUGCACAAAACCGAAGAACUUGGCGUGUUUUACUUGUGGCCAGACAGGGCAUUUCUCAAGGGAUUGUACCCAGCAGCAGGGCAGGGGACAAGGAAAUCAGCGAGGACAGCAGCCUUUGGGGCAUGUCUGA